GCCCAAUUAAAUUGUCGGCCCAAUUAAAACGUUGUCACUUUUACAACUCGCGGUAGCUGCUAUGCUACUAGCGGCAAAGGAAAUCAUCACUGAAGUGAAGAAGGGUGUGGGGGGUUUAUGGAGGAAAGUUUAUGGGGUCAUUUGCCGGUGCUGUUAAGGGCGAAUUCCAAAGAAUCAAUUGAAUACGUUCUUGAAGCUCUUUGGAGAACACGAAAAACCGGUCUUCACUCUUCUGAACGACGCAUCAUCCAAGACAUGCUACAACUCCAAAACGACUCUGACCUCGACCCACUUCUGGUUUGUCUCCGAAUGUUAAUCAGGAAGUGUGUUUAUGAGGAUACAUGCAAGGAUGAUAUUCCAAAACUGUUUCCCAGUGAAGUUCUGCCUGAAUUGCAAAAGCUGUUGACACUUCUGUUGCACAAGUUUCAGCCAGUGUGGCAGGAAGAUGUGUUGAAAGAUCAGAAUAUUGUGCCUCGAUUAAAGUCAAUGACAUGGAAUAUGGCUAAUAUGGAUAAAGAAUCAAAUGACCCUUCGGCUGUUAUUAAUUUGAAGCUUCAAAAUGAUGCUCGAUUUCGUUCAGGAGAGCUGGAUGUGAAGUUCCAGUUGGCUACAGAUUCUCUAGAGAUGAUGCUGAAAGCCAUGCACUGUAUUAGAGACCAGUUUUCAACGAUGGACGAGGCACCAAACGGCCAUUAGUACCUGGAAACCAAUGCAGUUUCUUACAAGAUGCCUCACAAAGAAUGGAGGACACAGAUGACAGACCUGGGGAGGGGAAAUCGACCUUUGUUUUUCUUUCAAAACGUAUAUGUAUCACUGAAUAAUUUCAUUAGUUUUAAGGAUUUUACAUUUUUUUUAUUUUUUUUUGCAGAAGAUAAAAAGAAGGGGGGGAAAAAGAAAAGAGAAAAGGAAGAGGAAGUGAAAAAAAAGAUUCUUACUGUUGAUGUUGGGUUUGGAGUCUGAGAAACUGGGUUUGUUGCUGCUCAGUUGUCUUUGCUCUUGUUUUUUCAUCUCUUAUGCCAAAACAUUCUAUGUGCGUUUUAAAAAAAGAGGGCAAUU